AUGGAGAGCAGCAGUUCGUUGUUGAGUCGGCUUUUGAAGAGAAAAAGAAAAAGAAAAAGAAAAGGUAAAAACAAGAAGAAUCGGUCAAUGGUGAAAAACCCACCUUGGUUGGAACAAGGGGAAGAUAUAUGGGCCAACAUAUUGCACAGAUUAGGUGCAAUAGAAAUACUGGAAACGGCACAGAAAGUGUGCACUACUUGUAGGCGAGUGGGUAAGGACCCUUCGAUGUGGCGUGUCAUUAACAUGUCGAAUCACGGCGACCUCUUUAAAAUUCCCUAUGAUUUAGAGGUAAUGUGUCACCACGCCAUUGAUCGUAGCCAAGGUGAACUUGUUCAUAUCCAUUUAGAGUACUUUGCUUCUGAUCAGUUGCUUCAGUACACAGCAGAAAGAUCAGGAAAACUGAAAAGACUUCGUAUUGCGUGUUGCUACCGUUGAGUAUAUAAAGGCUUGGAUGCAGUAGCUCAUAAGCUACCACUGUUAGAAGAGCUAAGUUUGACACACACUACCAUCACACCAAAGUCAUUGAAGCUCUUGGUGGCUCGUGCCUGAAGUUGAAGUCGUUUGAAUUGAAUAACUCAUUCAAGGAGGAUUUUAUUGACGACUCCGAUGAAGAAUAUGAAAGAAAUAAAGAGGCUCAAGCUAUUGUUAAUAGCAUUCCUGCCUUGCAACACCUUCAGCUCAUUGGGAACUGUAUGUCAAACAAAGGCCUUGAAGCUAUUCUUAGCGGUUGUCCUAACCUUGAAUCACUUGACCUACGACAGUGCAACGACAUUUGGCUCAACGAAGACUUGAGUAACAGAAUUUCUCGACAGAUUAAAGAUGUGAAGCACCCUCAUGAUUCUUUGGAUGGUCUUAAAGUUUCAUUUGAGUAUGAGGAUGGAAUUGAUGAGUAUAGCGAGCUUGGUGACACGUCUGAUGAUGACUAUAGCGAGUUUGGUGACACUUCUGAUGAUGACUAUAGCGAGCUUGGUGACACGUCUGAUGAUUACUAUAGCAAGCUUGGUGACACGUCUGAUGAUGACUAUAACGAGCUUGGUGACACAACUGAUGAGGACUCUGGUUUUUGAAAAGAUAUAGGUAACCUGUUUCUUGGAUUAGCCUCGUUUAUGAAGUUGCGGGCUUUUUUUGGUCAUUGGAUUGUGAAUGGUUCUCCAGGUGUCCGCUGAUUGAAUUUUAUCAAGUGUGUUAACAUUGCUUUAUUGGAAUGACUUGGCUGAACUUCAAA